GCUUUAGAAACCGAUAAUAUGACGGAACUCGCCUAUUCUGUUCUAUAAUGUUAACAUUCGCUCUUUGCUAAAUAAUUAGAUUAUACCAAGGACUAGCUAAACACGACAGAAGCCGUAUACUAUACGCAUUAAACAGUGCAUUCAGAAGUACAGAUAAUGGUGGACGUCGUGGAUCCCGGUGUGGUGAAGACUGGAGCGUAUAAAUAUGAAGACGGCACUCGCUACGUCGGAGAAUGGAAUGCUAAAGGCCAGAAACAUGGGAUGGGUCACUUGGUCCUACCCGACGGAACCAGAUAUGACGGAGCCCUGAUCGGAGGAUUGUGUUCUGGACUUGGGGUGAUGGCGUUUCCUGAUGGCGCAAAAUAUGAAGGAGAGUUCAUGCAAGGCUGGUUUCACGGUCAUGGUGUAUUCUGGCGAGCUGAUGGUAUGAAAUUCGAAGGGGAAUUCCGAGGAGGCCGGGUAUGGGGUUUAGGUCUGGUCACAUUCAAUGAUGGCAGCAACGGAUUCCCUCGUAACGAAGGUUUCUUCCAAGACUGCAGGAUGGUGAGAAGAAAGCGAUGCCCUGAAGUCGUUCAGAGAGCCCAGAAAGUAGCUUACAUGGCCAGAGCUCAAUGUCAACAGUUUUAAGCCAAAAAUACACAGUUAAUAAUAAAACCCAUUGUGGUAGUUCAAAAAGCA